AUGAGCUCUCUCCAUCUACUUCUGGCCCAAGGACUUCUCCUCCUGCUCCUCGUGGAAUUGGGAUGGACUUUGGUGAGCGAUGAGGAGUGGGCUCAGUACAAGGCUAAAUACGACAAGCACUACAGAUUUAAGGAUGGGUACCAUCGCGAUCUAUAUAACAAGAGGGUCCAAGCUGUCGCCGACCACAACGAACGGUAUUCCCAGGGCCUGGAAGGAUACCAAAUGGGAUUAAACCAGUACUCCGACACAGACCAAAGUGUCCUCUACAGUUAUCGAACGUCGAUCACUCCGCCCACGGAGGAAGUAACCAAGGGAGUUCCGGAACCGGAGAACUACAAGCACUAUGACGAAAUAACCGAAGGUAUCGACUGGCGGGAGUAUGGAUACAUCUCGGCAGUCGGAACACAGGGUACCGAGUGCCUGAGCUGUUGGGCCUUCUCCUCCUCGGGUGUUAUUGAGGCGCAUCUGGCCAAGAAGAACGGAAAGUUGGUGCCACUUUCACCCAAACACUUAGUCGACUGUGUUCCCUAUCCGAACCAAGGCUGCAAUAUGGGUUGGGUGAGCAUCGCCUUUAACUACGUGAGGCAUAAUGGUAUCGCCACUAAAGCAUCAUUUCCCUACCAACCCAAAAGUGAUGAGUGUCACUGGGACCCAAAAAACAGUGCUGGCACCAUACAUGAUCAUGUAACCCUGACUGAAGGUGAUGAAAAGGAACUAGCAGAGGUGGUGUACAACAUUGGUCCCGUGGCAGUAUCCAUCGACCACCUUCACGAUGAGUUCGUCCAGUAUUUCGGUGGCAUCCUUAACAUCCCGUCAUGUGGAUCAGCCAAAAGCGACCUCACGCACUCCGUUCUUGUCGUGGGCUUUGGAAGCCAUCCCAAGUGGGGAGACUACUGGCUAAUAAAGAACUCCUUUGGAACAGCCUGGGGCGAGAGUGGCUACUUUAAGUUGGCCCGAAACGCCAACAACAUGUGCGGAGUGGCAACCCUUCCCCAAUAUCCUAUAGUUUAAGAGAAUCGUUUUGGAAGGCCAGAUUUAGCCUCCUUCGUAACAUUGAGACUUAGCAUUUCACUUCCAAUUUGUAUUUGUAUAAGCUCUAUUUGAUGUUAAUAAGAAAAUAAAAACAGCCUUGGAAGACA